CCCACUUGCCCCAGCAACCCCUGCGCGGGGAAGCUGGGUGCCUCGGAGAGUCUAGCCACCAUGCCACCUCCUCUCCUCUUCUUCCUCCUCCUCUUCCUUACUCCGGUGGGAGUCAGGCCCCAGAAAUCACAGCUGGUGGAGGCUAAAGAGGGGGGCAGUGCUGUGCUGCCCUGCGUUUCCUCAGAAGGUCCCCCUGAUCAGCUGGCCUGGUACGAGGCGUGCCUGUCACAGCGGAGCCGGAGCCGGAGCCGAGGGCUGCCAGGCCUGGGCAUCCAGGUGGGGGCCCUGGGCAUCCUGCUGCUCAUCUCCGACAUCUCUGCCCAGAUGGGGGGCUUCUACCUGUGCCAACAGGGGCCCCCUUCCGAGCAGGCCUGGCAGUCUGGCUGGGCCGUCAGCGUGAACGGCAGUGGGGAGCUGUUCCGUUGGAAGGCUUCAAACCUAGACGGCCCAGGCUGCGACCUGGGGAACCGGUCCUCAGAGGACCUCAGGCCCUCCCCUGAUGGCCUCACAAGCUCCCAGCUCUAUGUAUGGGCCACAGAUCACGCUGAGAGCUGGGAGGUAGACCCUGCAUGUGCCCCUCCUAACCGCAGUUCAAACCAAGACCUCACAGUGAACCCUGGCUCCACACUCUGUCUGCCCUGUGGGGUGCCUUCUGCUUCCAUGGCCAGAGGACCCAUCUCCUGGAUCCACGUGCACCCCAGAAAGCCCAACAUCUCGUUGCUGAGCCUCAACCUGAGUGAGGAGGCUCCCGUCAGAGAGAUGUGGGUCCCGGGCACCCUCAGGGGAGGGGCCGCUCUGUGGCUGCGUCAGGCCACAGCUGGAGAUGCUGGCACCUAUCACUGUUACCAUGGCAACACGACCAUCGAGAUGCAGCUGAGAGUCACUGCCCAGUCAGCUGUACGGCAGUGGUUGCUGGAGGCUGGUGGCUGGAGGGUCCCUGUCACGACACUGGUUUACCUGAUCUUCUGCAUGGGUUUGGUGGCGAGCUUUCUCUCUCUGCGAAGAGCCCUGACCCGGAGGAGGAAAAGACAGCGAAUGACUGAUCCCACCAGGAGGUUCUUCAAAGUGACGCCUCCCCCGGGCAACGGGGCCCACAGCCAGUACGGGAACGUGCUCUCGCUUUCCACGCCCACGGCUGGCACGGGUCGCUCCCACCGGUGGGCUGCAGGCCUGGCCGCCGUCCAGUCCUACGGCGGGAACCCGUACAACGAGGUGCAGGAGGCCGGAGCUGCGGGGCCCCGGAGCCCGACGGGGGCAGCUGACGAAGAGGAAGGGGAGGCCUACGAGGAGCCGGACAGCGAGGAGGGCUCCCAGUUCUACGAGAAUGACUCCAACCUGGGGCAGGACCAGCUCUCCCAGGAUGGCAGCGGCUAUGAGAACCCGGAGGACGAGGCCGUGGGUCCCGAGGAAGAAGACUCCUUCUCCAAUGCAUCUGAGUUGUAUGAGAACGAGGAUGAAGAGCUGGCCCAGCCAGUGGCCAGGACCAAAGACUUCCUGAGCCCCCCUGGGACUGCCUGGGACCCCAGCCGGGAGGCAACAUCCCUUGGGUCCCAGUCCUAUGAGGAUAUGAGGGGGAUCCUGUAUGCAGCCCCCCAGCUCCGCUCCGUUCGGGCCCAGCCUGGUCCCAAUCAUGAGGAAGAUGCAGAUUCUUACGAGAACAUGGAUAAUCCUGACGGGCCGGAACCAGCAUGCGGAGGAGGGAGCCACAAGGGGACCUGGAGCACCCGCUGAUUCCCCUCAGGUCCCUGAGGUCCACACCUGACUGAAAUCUGGGGACCCAAAGCAGAUGAGGUCAACCUCGAGCGACGCUGCUCAGGCUGUGUGUACCUGCGUGUGUUUGUGUACACAAGUGAAGCGUCGGUCCCGUUUGCACUGCCCAAAGAAACUCCACGAGCUGUUCCAGUCCUGUGAUGUAGCGCCCUGUGUGGGAGGGGAAGGGAGGGCGGGGACGGUGCAUUCCCAUCCUCUCUCAAAUCCAGGAGAGGGGGGAGAGCUGCAUCUUGGGCCCAACAGGGCCUUUCCCUUCCUAUGUCUUGGCCACCCCAUCUCCCCUCCUUGCCUGCCAUUCCCACCAUCAGUUGUUCAAUCAUUGUUCGUUCAGCACUUGUAUGCUGGGUGUGCAGCGAAAAGGAAGCAAUCCAGGAACUGGCGGUCAUCACUGACGUUUAUUGAACAGCUACUAUGUUCUUAAAUCAGUUAACCCAGUUAAUCUUUACAGUGACCUCCCCAAGUUAUUGAGCACUUAGGUGCCAGGAUUGUAUUAAAGUAUGUCACGUAUUUUACGUA